AUGAAAAUUUAUUUUAUUUUUAUAAUAUUUUUAUAUCUAAGAUUUAUAUUAAUUAUAGAAAUAUUAAGCAAACAUAUAUAUAAAACUAGACACUUUUGUCCUUCAUAUAUAAAGGAUGGAGAGAAAAGAAAAAGCCAUAAGAUAAAAAGAAAACGAAUAAAAGAUGAUGCAUAUAUAAAUGUUUAUAGAAAAAAUAUAUUGGAUAGCAUAAAUAUAAAAGGUGAUAAAAAUAAAAUUGGAAAAAGAUGGUUGCAGAAUUUAAAAAAGAAAAAACCAUUUGACAAAAUAAGUGUAUGUGUAUCAAAUUAUAAUGAUGAUAGAAAAGAGAUAUAUGAUGAAAAAUUUAUAAAUAAUAAAGAAGACAAUAGUUAUAAUAAUAAUAAUAAUAAUAAUAAUAAUGGUGGUAUUAUAAAAACUUGUAGUGAUGAAGAAUGUUUACUUAUUAGUACUCCUGUUUAUUAUUCAAAUGAUAGACCACACAUAGGUCAUGCUUAUUGUAAUAUAUUAUGUGACGUUAUAUAUAAAUAUGAAAAAUUAAAAGGGUUGGAAAAAAAUAAAAAGGAUAUAAUUUUUUUUUCAGGUAUGGAUGAACACGGUUUAAAAAUUGAAAAAAAAUGCAAUGAAAAUAAAAUAAGAACAAAUGAAUAUAUUGAUGAUAUGUGUAAAUAUUAUAAAGAUAUGAAUAAAAAAUUAAGUGUGGAUAUAAAUUUAUUUUAUAGAACAUCAUAUUCAUUUCAUAAAACAUUUGUUCAGAAUGUAUGGAAAUAUUUAGUACAUAAUAAUUAUAUAUAUAAAGAUACAUAUAAAGGUUAUUAUAAUAUCAAUGAAGAAAGAUAUAUAAAUGAACAAGAAUUAAGAGAAGGGAAAUAUAAAAUAGAUAAUGAAAAUAUUAUAUAUGUUGAAGAAGAAAAUAGUUAUUUUUUUAAUAUUUUAAAAUUUAAAGAUUAUUUAAUUGAUUUUUAUGAAAAAAAUGAAAAUUUUAUAUAUCCACAAUAUUUAAGAAAACAAAUAAUUUAUACAUUAAAAAAUGAAUUAAGAAAUAUAUGUAUAAGUAGAUAUAAUACAAAGUGGGCAAUACAAAUUCCAGAUGAACAAAAAGGUACUAUCUAUGUAUGGUUUGAUGCAUUGUUAUCAUAUAUAAGUUCUAUAUUAUAUCUAAAUAAAAUAAAACAAAAUAAUAAUAAUGUCACAACUGAUAAAAAUCAUGUAAGUAUAUCCUCUUCAUGUGAUACUGAUUCGGUUAUUUGUUCAUAUGAUGAUAUUUUAAAUAUGGUAAAUUCUAAUGUCAAUAGUGAUAAUAUACAAAGUAAUAUAUUUCCACAUAUAGCGAGCAACAUAAAUGAUGAAAAAAAAGAAAAAAAAAAAAAAAGAGAAAAAAAUGUACCAAAUAACGAAUUAAUCUGUAAAAAAAUAUGGAAUCCAUUUAUUCAAGUCAUUGGUAAAGAUAUUUUGAAUUUCCAUGCUAUAUUUUAUAUAUGUUUAUUGAAAAGUUUAAAUCUUGAAUUUCCACAAAAAAUUCUAUGUCAUGGUUUAAUAAAAAAUGAAAAUAUAAAAAUGUCCAAGAGCUUACAUAAUGUUGUAAAUCCAUUUGACCUUUUAAAAAAAUACAAUCCAGAUGUAUUACGUUUAUAUUUUAUUGGAUGUGGUAGUAUUUAUGAAGAUAAAAAUUAUAAAGAACAAAAUAUAGAAUCAUUCGAAUUAUUUUUAAGAAAUAAUGUAGGGAAUCUAUUAUAUCGUGUAGUAUCGUUAUGUAUUGAAAAUAAUUAUAAUAUUGUUCCUGAUAUAAAUACAAAUGAUUAUAAUUCGAAUAUUAUUUUAAAUGAGUGGAAAUAUAAUAUAAAGAAUAAACUAAUACCAUAUCUUAAUAAUAUGGAAUAUAUUCAAUUUUUAGAACUUAUUAUGACAUUAAUCAAAAAUGUAAAUAAAUUUUUUGUACAUAAUACACCAUGGAAUUAUAAAAAAGAUACUCAACAUUUUCAUACAACUAUUUAUGUUACUUUAGAGUGUAUGAAAUAUUUUUCUAUAUUAAUGUUUCCAUUUAUUCCUAACAUUUCUUUGACUAUUUUAAGAAAUAUUGGUUUUGACACCAUUGACGAGCACAAUAUAUCUCUCGACAUGUUGGAAAAAAAAACAGACAAAUUUAUUCUUAACAGGUUGAUAAAAAUUGUGUGA